AUGUCGUCGCAACAAGAAGAAAAGGCCACCAAAGCAGAGAAUGUAGGAAAUCUUGUCCACUUAUUGAAUCAUGUAAUUGAUUCAAUGCCUUCAUCAUCAACUCUGACAGUUCUAGACAGGUACACGGCACUGAGAAAUCACCGCAUCCGGUUCCAGGAUGCACUGGAUCCUAACGCGGAGCGUGUCGCCGCCCUUCGCAAGGAUGACAUCAUCUUGGGCAGGGGAAAGAACAUGCAGGACUAUCCAGGAAAUAGGAGAAUGCGCAGCAUUAUCAACAAAUACAAGCACGAGUACCAGUCCAUCCAGCGUUCCGAAAAACGAGAUCUAGUAGAGUCAGUGUACAAAGAGAUCACACAGGGAGGGGGGAGGUUCUUGACGAAAGCCACCAAUGAAAAGUACUUUGUCCUGGUUGAUAUCGAGGUGGCUUUGCAGAAAGUCAGCAACACGCUUCGGUGCAGGAAGAAUCGAAACAAGGUAGCGGUAGCAAUAGGGACAGAGAUGGGCAUUGAAGAAAAGGCAAGCGCUUCUUUUCAAGGCAACAGGUCCUCAGUAAGUCGAGACAAACUAGCAGACGUUGCCAUUAGCAAUCAAAAGCGAGCAAUCAGAAGUGCAUCAUCAUCCUCAUCACAAACAGUAGCACCACCUCUAGUGAUGGGAAAUCGAUCGCAAACAAUGUCACUGCUUCGAGAAAAUACCGUGCGACUUAUGAAAAAGAUGCCACUUCUUCCAGCAACAUUGAAUGAUUUAUGUUAUCUGCAACAUUGCCAAUCAUUGCAGCGAUCAUAUCCUGGAUCGGUAGUAUCAUUUAUGAGAGAACACCAGUCGAUACUGAAUGCUGGUGGUGCCAAUGCACGAUUGCCAAGAAUGGCAAGUUCCACGGCCGAGCGAGCUAGUCAUGAAGUCUUCCGAGACCGUGGAUAG